AUGGGUUGUGAAAGGUUCCGUAUGGGUUGUGAGAGGUUCGAUGCAUCUGCCUUCCUGGAGCACAUGCGCAACAAGGUGUUUCUGGUCGUGGGGGAUUCUGUCUCCAUGAAUUUCUUUGGAGCCCUACAGUGCCUCCUCGAGACAGCCACUCCGACCAAGGUGUCCCCUGUUCAUGCAACCUUCCCUUCCUCCACACUCAUAUUUCUACCUGCCUGCCCUCCCAACCCGUCCAGGGAUGGCCCGCUGUUCUCAGGAGGACCAAACACUUAUGCUGUGAUUGCACCACACCUCAAUGCUCACUUCCCUUCCUCCACACUCGUCCUGGUUUUACCCGCCUGCCCUCCCAACCCCCAUGGACAGAGCAGGGAUGGCCCGCUGUUCCCAGGAGGGCCAAGAACUCGCGCCUUGAUUGCACCGCAAUUCAAUGCCACCUUCCUAAGCCACGCCUCCUCCUUCCUCGUCCAAUCUACUCCCAGUGUGCAUCUGGAUCAGGCGCAUCUGGGUCAGGCGCAUCUGGAUCAAACACAUCUGGAUCAGGCGCAUCUGGAUCAGACGCAUCUGGAUCAAACGCAUCUGGAUCAGGCGCAUCUGGAUCAAACGCAUCUGGAUCAGGCGCACCUGGAUCAGGCGCAUCUGGAUCAGGCGCAUCUGGAUCAGGCGCAUCUGGAUCAAACGCAUCUGGAUCAGGCGCAUCUGGAUCAGGUGCAUCUGGAUCAAACGCAUCUGGAUCAGGCGCAUCUGGAUCAGGCGCAUCUGGAUCAAACACAUCUGGAUCAGGCGCAUCUGGAUCAGACGCAUCUGGAUCAGGCGCAUCUGGAUCAAACGCAUCUGGAUCAGGCGCAUCUGGAUCAGGCGCAUCUGGAUCAGGCGCAUCUGGAUCAGGCGCAUCUGGAUCAAACGCAUCUGGAUCAGGCGCAUCUGGAUCAAACGCAUCUGGAUCAGGCGCAUCUGGAUCAGGCGCAUCUGGAUCAGGCGCAUCUGGAUCAGGCGCAUCUGGAUCAAACGCAUCUGGAUCAGGCACAUCUGGAUCAGGCGCAUCUGGAUCAGGCGCAUCUGGAUCAGGCGCAUCUGGAUACCACCUGCUGCUCAACCCUAUUGUCUGGUGCCUCCUCCCAUCUGCCUCACCAGGGCAACAAGUCCACUGCAAGCACAAGGAUGACGCAUCUGACCCGGGUGCAUUUGGAUCGCAUUACCUCCCCUGUGUUCAACCCUGUGAUCCUGUACCUGUGA